GUACGACCUCGAGUUGGAGACAGGUACCCUCAGCCGUGGCGUGGUCUCCAUCACCGGGAGUACGAAGUCAGCUGGCAGCACGCCGAGCGAAGACAUCUCAAAUCCCGAUGUCGUCUUCGACUGCUGCGACACCGAUGCCUCCGGCGAGCUCGACCUGCACGAGCUGAAGUUUGCCCUGAAUGCCUUCGGCUUAUUUCCAAGCCUCGACUACCUGAGGGACUGGAUGGGGCACCGCAGCAGCAUCGACCGGAAGGCAUUCCACAAUCUCCUGGACCAGAAGAAGCGCAGCGCACCGACGUCGAUGAGGCGGCCACGGACUAUUCCCUACGCCCGCCGAGGAGUCCGUAUGCAGCAGUUGGAUGACCUCCAGCACGCCUUCAUUUCCAGCGGCUGGCUGAAGUCGAAGUGCGACAUGUUCAAUGAAGAGAACAUGACUGCGAUUGCCAAGGGAACUGACUUCGCCAUGGACACGAACCUGUACGCAUUGAAUCGCUGGGUGAUCAUGCCAGGCACAUCGCCGAGCGCAGCGGAGUCCUUGUCCCCCGACUUGCGCAGGUCAGCUGGCAUGCCUUUGCCCACCCAUGAGUCCUCCUAUUCGGAGCUGAUGAAUUCCGCUGGGCUUCCCGUUGACUACUUUGUCUCGCACUUCUGGGGCCAUCCUUUCCAGGACACCUGGUCAUCUCUGAGCCUUUGGUCUUCGCAAGUCCACUGGCAAAUCGGGAAGGAGCCUGAAAACAUGGUCUACUGGGUGUGCCUGCUUGCAUUGAAUCAACAUCAGCCAGGCGAAGAGGUUGGUGGCUCUCCGGAGGAGGGCCCUUUCAAUGCCGCGUUGGUGCAAAGUGCAUGUGGGGCGGUCAUGGUUGUGGACGAAGAGGUCUCUCCGUUCUCGAGGAUCUGGUGUCUCUUCGAAGUGAAGCGCCUCACAGAUCUGAAGAAGGAUUUUCACUUGAUAUCUUCCUGUGGUGCGAUGGGCUCCAACCUACAGAUGGUCGCAGAGGACGAGAAGAGGCAGACGCUUUUGGACUUCACCCGCCGUGUGGCUGAUGCGCUGUCGCAAGUGUCGGCUUUCAAGGCCAGGUCCAGUAGCGAGGAGGACAAGUUUGCGAUUUGGCACCGAGUGGCCGAUCCGCAUUUGCGCAGAAUGCCCUUGGCCAUUGCCCGGGAGCGGAAGCUCUUCAACCCCAAUACCUUCAAGCGCUUUGACACGACCAUUCGAAGUCUGCUGGCUGCACCGCUCUUCCAAACGAGUCUUCAGGAGGAGGAUGCGGCCAGUGCGCUCCGUUACAUCGGCCUCGGCGCCCCAUUUGGCGAGGCGGAGCUGCAGCGGCUCAGUGAGGAGUGGAAGGUCGACAUCUGCCAGGAGAAGGUGCAAGUGCAAAGUGGUACAUGUAUGGUUCCUUGGCAUUUGCUGCACUGCGCUGCCUACUUCGGACAUGCAGACUCCGUGGCGUCACUGGUGCGCCGCAAAGCCAAGCUAGAGGUGAAGACGACAUUCGGUUUGACACCGCUGCAUCAAGCAGCACGGAAUGGCCAUGCACAUGUGUGCGAGAUGCUGCUGGAUCUGAAGGCCAACAUCAACGCCGUGACUCGUGACUCGCGUUCAGCAAUGCAGAACGCAGCGCACCAGGGACAUCGUGAAGUUGUUGAACUCCUGGCGAAACGCGGGGCAGACAUCAACCACAAAGACCAAAGUGGGAUCACGGCACUGCAUUCCUCAUCUGUUGCGGGCUAUGACGACAUCGUUAAGGUCGGCCUUUGA